GUUUGUUGUCGAUGCAUUACAGAUGGGGAACGGAGCCUGAGCUUUUGUCUCACAAACGUACUUUUGCACAAAUAUAGUCGAAUACCGACCGAUCAAUGUAAACUAGUUUAAACGCGCGAUUGUUAUCGACUCAGAAGCUGAUCAGAUUACUGUCAAUAAACUCGCCGAUCAGCCUGUUUGUGACGCGAGCGCCCGUCAUUAUCAUCACCAUCAUCACCAUCAUCAUCAUCAUCAUGGAUGUGAAUUUGACCAUCUCCCUGAUAAAGGGCCAGAUGGGCACUGUCAUAGAGAAAGCCGUGAACGUCGCGGUGGAGACCGUGUUAGGAGAGAUGAUCCGGGUGGUCGGGCUCAAAUUCGAGGAGAUCAAACGCGAGAUGUCCGCAAAAGACAAAGAGAACGAAAACAUCAGGAAGAUGUUGGAGACGCACCGCUGCCAGAUGAAAACCAUGCGCAAGUAUAUCAGCGUCCUGGCUACUAAAGACCCAAACCAUCUGUAUCAGGGAGACGAAGAUAUGACAUUGCAUUGCAGAAGAGGGCCAACAAGCUCUCUGUCAAUGUGUGCAAAAGCCCCAAAUCCCUGUGCCAGACCUAGAGUCACGGAACCUGCUGCUGUUGCUGGACCCUCAUGGGUAAGACAGCAGAUGCACAUGUCCAAAGCUCAUAAUGUAGUCCAAGAGCCAUUAAGAACUGAACAUCAGCUUGCUGAUCUCCAUGUUGAAGAGAUGCAAGGAUCAUCAGUCCAUAAAGUUGACAAUUCAAGCCAUCAUCUGGUGGACAGUCAAGGCCUACUCUGUGAAACCAGUGAUCCAAUAUGGGGAAAAAACCCUCUCAACCCUUCAGAGACUGAGCACACAGACAUGCCAGACACCAGUGUCCACUCAGCACACAUGAUGACUGAUGACCCAACCCAAACUACAACCACCCAAACUGUGGCCUUUGGAGCAACAUCAUUUAAGAUCAAACAGGAGGAAGCAGAGGUUGAAAUCAUCUGUGUGAAGGAUGAACAUUCAGAAGCAGCCAGCACAUCUAGGUUUGAAUAUUCCAACCAUGAACUUCACCAGCCAUUGGUGGAACCAGAGCUCGGGGUCUCACUAGAUCUACCUGGAUCCUUUCAAGCUCUUCAGAGUCCAGGCACUUCAGCAGAACUUGCAAUCCCAGCCUUCAUCAGUGUGGACCCAACCACCUACACAGUAAUGGCAAAAACAGCUGCUGAAAGACAGAGAGAGUACAGGGCCAGAAGGGAUGCUGAUCCUGUACGCAGGGAAAAGUACCUCAGGAAUGAGCGAGAGAGAUGGAAAAGGGAUAUUGAGACAGGGAAAAAGAAGAGAAUUGGUGACCUGGGUGAAAAGGCUCAAAGAUGGAGGCGCAAGAAGUGGAGAGAGGCAAAAGAACGGCAAAAGAAAAGGGAACCAAUUUUCAAAAUAAUUGCCUCCCCGCCAGACAAUACCGAACCUAGUCUCAUGGUGUGGCUGCAACCCUGAAGAGGACAACAGACAGGCUGUUAAGUCAGAAUCCGGACUCUUCAGGGCAUGUACACAGACCAGCAUAACCUGGUGAGGUUGUUGAUGAAGCCCUUGAAAGGAUGCCAUUCAACCCACUGGCGGUUCCAUUAAAAGUGAGGCUCUAGCAGGUGGUAACUCCCAGGUGGCACCCAGUAAAAUUACUUGCCAAUGCUGAAACAGCUGUGGACUUCAAGUGUUACUUUACACAAUAUCAGAAUACCAGAAGACUACGUGUGGGACAUGGUGUUUGAUAAAAUAGUCCAGAAAUCAUCCUUGCCACAGACGAUACCCAAGUGCUGAGUUUGGCGAAAUUGCUUCUUAUGGCCAGAUUGUAAGGAUGUGCUGGAACAUAUUCCUCCCUGCAAAACUGUGACAUUUUGCUAAUUUGCUAAUAGCUGUGUCCCAAAUGACGCACUGUGGAGUUACACUAUGCACUCGUCUGUCUUGUGUAUGAAUUUUCAAAGUGUAGUAUCGUCUCAAAUGCAACACUAACGGUUUUUUUAACAUUCGAAACAUUCCUGUUUUUCAGCUGACGGAAGUGACGUUGCACACUCACGCAAUGUGUUGCAGCUAGCUUUAGCAUGCUAGGCAAACUAGUCCAACACAUAUCUCAAGUAAUGUACAAACUCGCACAGCGUGGGGUGAUGAUAAAGCAUUCAACUCACAUUUGUAAGGUGCUGUCUUCACAGAAGUUUUGCUAGUUGCCACAUUCACCACCUUCAGUUACAAUUGUUCUGUCAGACCAAUAUUGCAGCCAGGUAUGCCCGCUUUUUCCGCUACGUAGGGCAAACUGCGAGUGCUGAGCGAAUGAUGUGUCCAACAUUGCACUUUCUUUUAUUUCGGUUCAGGAAGGACAUCAUUCGGGUACUCACUGUACACUUCUUUUCAUUGCAUUUUUAGUGUGAACACUCUGCUCACAAUACUUGCACUAUAAAAUGGCAUAGAAUAGUGCAGAAGUAUGAUAUUUGGGACGCAGUUUGUGUUUAUUCUUUGUAUUGUAUGUAUGUAUCUAAAUGUACUAUGGGUUGUAUGUAAAAGAUAUUGAUGAUUCAGCUGAUUAAUGUAUGUUUCACUAAAACAGCAGUCCCUUCAACCCUGUUAGCAUUUUCAACCCUGUUAAAUUGCAUUCAACCCUGUUACGUGGUUGUUUUAUUAUUAAUCAUUAAUAAGAAAGGUGUGAAUAUACAUUUUUUAUUUUAUUUGAAGGAACCAGUAAAUCUGGCACUGAAUAUUGUAGAAAAUGAGUGAUCCAGUGGAAUACCAUGUUAUUAGUCUAUGAAUUCCAAACAUACUCGGACAGGGUUUUCUAUUGCACUUUUUUAAUUAAUUUCAAGAAAUUCCUGUUGGAAUUUGGGCUUGAGGUGGGUAAAUAACAUUUCUUAAAAGUUCAAAAACCUUUUCAUGAAAUAAUAAAUAUUCAAACGUUAAAUGUUUUUUUUUUUUUUUUGCUUGAAACGGUCAGGCACAAAGGGCACCUAUUACUGAGAAUGGGCUAAAUUGUUUUUUAAAAAUUACGAUUUUUGUUCACUCUUCUAAAACCUGGAGGUUAUAACACGAAGCAGAAUUUAUAACCAUAAGUCAGAAUUAAAAAUAUGGAAAGCUCCAUAUUUUAAGGCAGUCUGGAGGUUUCUCCACUAAAUUUUACAUUGAGGCAGUGAAUCUGAAAAAACGAACAAACCAGUUUUUCCCCCUACAAGGAUCUGUAUGAUUUAAAAAAAAAAAAAAAAAAAAUGUGCCUUCAUCUCAAGCUAUUCUACGAUGAGGAUCACAAGACACAUGCAUGAACAGGUGAGUGUAGUUGAUUUACUUAAUCCUUAGAACGAAUUAUGUCAGCCGUGUCUCAUAUAUGCAGGCUUCUAAAUGUUAUUUCUACACUGAAAUGACGUUUAUGGAUUGUUUGCACCACUUUUUUAUUUCUAAGGUAGAAUUUUUCUUUUCUACAUUUAAUCAGACAGAUAAUGUCUCAACCUGACAGACAGUGUUUAUUAAUUGCAUUGUGCAGAAUCCCAAGCUAAAUAAUUAUAUAUUGGAAUAUAACUACAUCUUCAUGAAUGUAACAGGGUUGAUGGUAAAAAGGUUGACAGUUAUAGAGUUCAGUUAGACUUUAUUAGCCUUGUGCUCCAGGUCAUGACAUACAGGGAUGCUUAUUUAGAAUUUAAUUUAAUGCAGACAUUUCUACAGAUAUUCACUUUUCAAUUAGUUGUUUAUUAUACAAAAUUGUGGUAACAGGGUUGAAGGGGAGAAACAAUAAUAUGACAUGUCCUUGCAGAGUUCACUUCCUAAUCAAAUGAUGAUGUCAUAUUGACUGAAUUUGAUGAUUUAUGGCAUGGUAUAUUAUUUACAUAAGAGAUAGUUAUGAUCGUAACAGUGUUGACACAACCUGGGGACACAACUUCAACAUGUAGAUAGCAAUAUUCAAUAUACUGUAUAUUAUUUUUUUAAUGUGUGUAGUUGCAAAUGCAGCAAGAAGAGAAACAGGACAUGCCAAAAAGGCAUGAAAAAAGGAAUGCGAUUUUGUUUUGCGAAGUGUUUUCACAAAUGCCUGUAAUAACACAGUAAAAGUUGCCAUCAGCUUUCAUUGUUUAACUAAUGAGUGACACAAAAAUUCUAGUAAGUUGGAUUGUUUAUUUUCUUUUUACACUUUUCCAAAAUGCAUUUUCUAAAAUUCACCAUUAAGGUUUUAAUUUAUGUACAUUUG